CCGGGCGUGGCAGGGCAGGAGGGGCGGCGGCUCCCGGUCCCGCUCGUCCUCUCGCUGCUGCUGCCGCUGCCGCGGGAGCCAGUACGAUGUUCCCCGCUGCGCCUGGCGCAGGCAGCCCGGAGUCGGACGCGCCCUCGCCGCCGUGCGUAGCCGCCAGGCUCCCCGUGCUCGCCGCCUGGCAGGAGCCGGAGCUGUAGCGGGCGCCCGAGCCCGAGCCGGAGGAGGGGAGCCGGGCUGGGGCUUUGGCGCGCCUCGCCCGCCCAGGAUGCUGACCUGCUGCUGCGUCCCGCGCUCGCUCCUGCUGCUGCUGGCCGAGUCCUGCGCCGUCGGAGCCUUCGUCUGGCUCGUCUGGCUGCCCUCCUGCCACGGGAUGCCCCAUGUCAUCCGCAUCGGAGGGAUCUUUGAAUAUGCAGAUGGUCCCAAUGCCCAAGGAAUGAAUGCCGAGGAGCAAGCCUUCAGAUUCUCUGCCAACAUUAUCAAUAGGAAUAGAACUUUGUUACCAAACACGACCUUAACGUACGAUAUCCAGAGGAUACAUUUUCAUGAUAGCUUUGAAGCCACUAAAAAAGCCUGCGACCAGCUCGCGCUUGGUGUUGUAGCAAUAUUUGGACCUUCUCAAGGCUCCUGUACCAAUGCUGUCCAGUCCAUUUGCAAUGCACUGGAAGUGCCCCAUAUACAGCUACGGUGGAAGCACCAUCCUUUGGAUAACAAGGACACUUUCUAUGUUAACCUUUACCCGGACUAUGCCUCUCUCAGCCAUGCCAUUUUGGAUCUUGUACAGUACCUGAAGUGGAGGUCAGCGACCGUGGUAUAUGACGACAGCACAGGUCUCAUCCGACUGCAAGAGCUGAUCAUGGCCCCAUCAAGAUACAACAUCCGCUUGAAAAUCCGCCAGCUGCCCCCAGAAAUGGACGAUGCCCGGCCCUUGCUGAAGGAAAUGAAGAGGGGCCGGGAGUUCCGGAUCAUCUUUGAUUGCACCCACACGAUGGCCGUGCAGAUCCUCAAGCAGGCCAUGGCGAUGGGGAUGAUGACUGAAUACUACCACUUCAUCUUCACCACACUGGACCUUUAUGCAUUAGAUCUGGAGCAGUAUCGCUACUCUGGGGUGAACCUGACCGGCUUCCGGAUCUUGAACGUGGAGAACCCCCACGUGUCUGCCAUCAUUGAGAAGUGGUCCACGGAAAGGUUGCAGGUGGCCCCCCGGCCAGAGCCAGGGUUGAGCGCUGGAGUGAUGAUGACAGAUGCUGCCCUGUUGUACGAUGCAGUCCACAUUGUCUCGGUGUGCUACCAGCGGGCCCCCCAGAUGACGGUCAACUCCCUCCAGUGCCAUCGGCAUAAAGCAUGGCGGUUUGGUGGCCGCUUCAUGAAUUUUAUCAAGGAGGCCCAGUGGGAAGGCUUAACUGGACGUAUCGUCUUCAACAAAACCAGCGGGCUGCGGACAGAUUUCGACUUGGAUAUUGUCAGCCUCAAAGAAGAUGGGCUGGAAAAGGUUGGAGUCUGGAGUCCCUCUGAUGGACUGAAUAUCACUGAACCCACCCGAAGGCAGGGGCCCAAUGUUACUGAUUCCCUGACAAAUAGAUCUUUGAUUGUCACUACAGUCCUGGAGGAACCUUUCAUCAUGUUCCGCAAGUCAGACACCGUCCUCUCUGGGAAUGACCGCUUUGAAGGGUACUGCAUCGACCUCCUGAAAGAGCUUUCCCACAUCCUUGGCUUUGUGUAUGACAUCCGACUAGUGGAGGAUGGGAAAUACGGAGCCCAGGAUGAGAAAGGGCAGUGGAAUGGCAUGAUCCGAGAGCUGGUCGAUCAUAAAGCAGAUCUGGCCGUUGCACCGCUGACCAUCACUCACAUCCGGGAAAAAGCGAUUGACUUCUCCAAGCCCUUCAUGACUUUGGGGAUCAGCAUUCUCUACCGGAAGGCCAACGGGACCAAUCCCAGCGUCUUUUCGUUCCUCAACCCUCUGUCUCCUGACAUUUGGAUGUACAUCCUCCUUGCGUAUUUGGGAGUCAGCUGUGUGUUGUUUGUGAUAGCUAGGUUCAGCCCUUAUGAAUGGUACGAUGCCCACCCGUGCAACCCGGGAUCUGAUGUUGUCGAAAAUAACUUCACCCUCCUCAACAGUUUCUGGUUUGGAAUGGGAGCCCUGAUGCAGCAAGGUUCUGAGCUGAUGCCCAAAGCACUCUCCACACGCAUCAUUGGAGGCAUCUGGUGGUUUUUCACCCUCAUCAUCAUCUCUUCCUAUACGGCGAACCUGGCUGCCUUCUUAACUGUGGAGAGAAUGGAAUCCCCCAUUGACUCAGCUGACGAUCUGGCCAAGCAGACCAAAAUUGAAUAUGGAGCAGUGAAGGAUGGGGCCACCAUGACCUUCUUCAAGAAAUCCAAGAUCUCUACUUUUGAAAAGAUGUGGGCCUUCAUGAGCAGCAAGCCUUCAGUUCUAGUUAAGAAUAACGAGGAAGGGAUCCAGCGCACCCUCACCUCCGACUACGCCCUGCUGAUGGAAUCCACCACCAUUGAAUACAUCACUCGACGGAACUGCAACCUGACCCAAAUCGGGGGGCUGAUCGACACCAAAGGCUAUGGGAUUGGCACACCAAUGGGCUCACCGUACCGGGACAAGAUCACCAUUGCCAUUCUUCAGCUCCAGGAAGAAGCCAAGCUGCACACCAUGAAGGAGAAAUGGUGGCGAGGGAACGGCUGUCCGGAGGAAGAGAGCAAAGAAGCCAGCGCCCUCGGAAUCCAGAAUAUCGGUGGACUCUUCAUUGUCCUGGCAGCCGGCCUGGUCCUCUCAGUGUUCGUAGCCACAGUGGAGUUCAUCUACAAGCUACGCAAAACAGCAGAGCGUGAGCAGCGCUCCUUCUGCAGUGCCAUGGCUGACGAAAUCCGCCUGUCACUUACCUGCCACCGGCGUGUGAAACACAAGGUCCCACCCCCUGUCCUGGUGAAGACGGAUGCUGUGAUCAACAUGCACACCUUCAACGACCGGCGGCUACCCGGCAAGGACAAUAUGACCUGCAACACGGGGCUGACACCCGUGUUCCCAUAAAGAACGUAGGGGUGAAAGAAAGGGGGAGGGGCUUGCUGGAUAUGGGAGGGGGAAACCCACACAGUCCAUAUUGCGGAAGCAGAGAAAAGGGAGAGAACUGAGCCAGGGUUUGGGGGUUUUACUUUGCAAGAACAGGGCCUUUGAUGCAACUUCAGCCAUCAUCCAGCUCGGAGUGCAGAGUGCAGAGCCUGGACUGCAAUGUCUUCUGUUUGGGAUUGUUGUUGAAUUAAAAAGAAGUCAAGGUUUAAAGCCCUGCAGGCCUCUUGGCAUCCAACAUGCUCCUCCGCCUCCGCCUCCCCAUACACACAUCCAGGAGUCUUGAUGUUUACAUAUCAAACCGAUGGAAGCAACCGAGCAGGGCGUAGACUGAUCUAGCACUGGAGGAAAAUGGCAAAGCCCUCUGAAUCCAACGCUUCCUUCUAAAUAUGGCAAUAAAACAAAAUGACCUUUGGUUAGGACAGGUGUGGAGCCCCAGGUGGGAUGGAAUCUGAACUGGUCUACCCAGGAGGUUUCCAAUACAACAUUGACUGGAGGCACGGGGGGAUAGGGGGGGGGCCAAGAGGAUCCGUCAUCAAAGCCACUGCUUCUCUCGAAGAAGCAAAACUGUGACCUGUUACCUCAAAGCUGUUCUUAAGCAUACGAAAGCCCACAAAAUCUGUGCAUCUGCCUCACACGGGUGCCUUCUCCAGGUAGGAGGCAGCACCG